CAAGGAGGAGGGCCAGAGUAAUUUUACUUUACUGGGUUCUUCGACCUCCUUAGGAAGCAUAUGCCAAAAAAGAUUACCACUUAAAGAGCGAAACUAUAUGGGGCUUUCUGAUUGUUCAUCUGUGGAUAGCUGCAAUAUUUCCACCUCAACAGAGGAUAAUAAUGGUGUUGGAUUAAAUCUCAAGGCUACGGAGCACAGGCCUGGGCUCCCAAGAUCCCAGUCUCCCAAAAGGGUCAUAGAGUCUUGUCCUUUGGGCUCUACAAAGAUUGAUGAGAAGCUGCUCUUUCCCUUGCACCCUGCCAAAGAUACUGCUUUCUCGGUAUCACAGAAAAUAGUUCUUACUGGUAACAAACGAGGAUUUUUAGACGCUAUGGAUGGAUUCUUAGAGGGAAAAUUUCUAUCGAACUCAGGUGUGAAAGCAUGUGAUACAAAGGAGACUUCACGUGUGCAACCACCUAAACUGAAAAACGCAAAUACACAAGAUACGGUUUUAGAGAAGCCUUCGGCUGUGAAUAAGGCUUCGAACUGUGAGGGCAGUCGUGCUCCUGCUACCAAGGCUCAAGUUAUGGGUUGGCCACCCAUUCGAUCUGUUAGAACGAACACAAUAACCUCUGCCUUAAAGAACAAUGAAGAGAUAGAUGGAAAGGCUGGAUCACCAGCUCUUUUCAUUAAGGUCAGCAUGGAUGGUGCUCCAUAUUUGAGGAAAGUCAACCUCAGAAACCAUUCUGCAUACCAGGAGCUCUCUUCUGCUGAUUUUGCUUCCUCAUGAAGCAGGAGA